GUGAAACACACAGAAAGCUACGGAGCUCACGAGGUAGCAUUAGCUCCUCUUAGAAGGUAGUUUGAAAACAGGUUUGGUGUUUUCGGUAAAUAUUUCCGUGUUUUCAGUGAAAAUGUCUUCAGUUCCGCCUCAGAGAGAGUUUAUCAACGAGCAGGUAACUCCUGCUGGAGAAACAUUCACAGAGUGGAAAGAAAUCAACGUUAAGAUGGAGGAAGAGAUGGAGGAUCAGCGCAGACUGAUGGAUUUUACCCGGAUACCGAGGAUCAUCUUACACCGGAUAGAUCUCCCACAAUGUUGUGUGUGUAAAGAGGAGGAGGUUCUCAAUGAAACAGAACCACAGAGGAACCAACUCAUCUCUCAUGGCUCUGCAGAAACUGAGAACCAGGAUCAGGAAGGAAUCAAUUCUGAAGAUCCAGGAAAAAAUAGAAAGGAAGAACAAAAACAAAAGGAGAAAUAUGAGAAAACCAAAGAGCAGAAAGGCAGAACUGACACUUCAAAACAAAAAAAGCACAAGAAAGCUCACGCAGGGCAAAAAUCUUAUUCUUGUAAAAUUUGUGAUAAAACCUUUUCUCGAAACGAUAUCUUGCUGAGACACAUAAGAAUUCACAAAUAUGAGCGGCCUUUUUCUUGUUGGACUUGUGGAAAAAGUUUCUCUCGGAAAGGCCUUCUAAAUGCUCAUAUGAAAGUUCACACAGGUGAGAAGCCCGUCUCAUGUGGGACCUGUGGAAAGAGUUACAGUGAACGUGGGACUUUAACUAAGCACAUGAGAAUUCACACAGGUGAGAAGCCUUUCUCCUGUGGGACCUGUGGAAAACGUUUUUCUCAAGCAGAUCAUUUAAAUGUUCACAUGAGGAUUCACACAGGUGAGAAGCCUUUCUCCUGUGGGACCUGUGGAAAAAGUUUUUCUAAAGCAGAUUAUUUAAAUGUUCACAUGAGGAUUCACACGGGUGAGAAGCCUUUCUCCUGUGGGACCUGUGGAAAAAGUUUUUCUCAAGCAGAUUAUUUAAAUGUUCACAUGAGAAUUCACACGGGUGAGAAGCCUUUCUCCUGUGGGACCUGUGGAAAAAGUUACGCUGAUAGUGGGACUUUAACUAAGCACAUGAGAAUUCACACAGGUGAGAAGCCUUUCUCCUGUGGGACCUGUGGAAAAUGUUUUUCUCAAGCAGUUCAUUUAAAUGUUCACAUGAGGAUUCACACAGGUGAGAAGCCUUUCUCCUGUGGGACCUGUGGAAAAAGUUUUUCUCAAGCAGUUCAUUUAAAUGUUCACAUGAGGAUUCACACAGGUGAGAAGCCUUUCUCCUGUGGGACCUGUGGAAAAAGUUACUCUGAUAGUGGGACUUUUACUCGUCACAUGAGAAUUCACACAGGUGAGAAGUCUUUCUCCUGUGGGAUCUGUGGAAAGAGUUUCUCUCAAAAAGGUUAUUUAAAUGUUCACAUGAGUAUUCACACUGGUGAGAAGCCUUUCUCCUGUUUGACAUGUGGAAAGAGUUUCAAUAUUAAGAGUAGUUUAACUAAGCACAUGAGAAUUCACACAGGUGAGAAACCUUUCUCCUGUGGGACCUGUGGAAAGAGUUACAGUUAUAGACAUAAUUUAACUCGUCACAUAAGGAUUCACUCAGACUAGACGCCUUAGGUAGGAAACACCUCAGAUCCGUUUUGGCAUCAGAUCCAAAAGAAAAUCUGGUUGGAUGAUGUAAACAGCAAGUUUAACAUAUUAAAGUCAACAGAUUCUUGCAGGCUGCUAGUGAUUCACUGUGAUUGUGUCUUUCACUGUCUGACCAAGAUAAACCUGAGGUCUACUUUUGCCUAGCAGCUUGUUUUCCUUAAUCCAGUUUUUUGUUUUAAUUCUCAGUCAUAUUUGUACUUCAGAUCCCCAUCAGUAUCCCAUUAUAUACUGAAGUUAAAGAGGGGAACACAUUCAGACAGGAUUCAUUUCUGUGCAUUUCAUUUUUCAUGGAGUUCUGUACCAUGUAGAAUAAUUGAGUUUAGCUUUUACAUUUUUGACAUUUCCGUGUAUGACUGGAUGUAAAAUAGCAGUGAAAUGUUCUUGUUUUUCCAUAAAUUAAACUCUAUGAUGUUUGUUUGAAAAAAAUCUGUUGGAGAAAUUGUAUACAUUUAUCAGACAUUUGCUUAAACAUUGUAUAUUCUGAAUUGCUUUAACUAUAUUUCUGAGUAUGUUGAAGGAUGCAGAGACAGCCGGCGCCAGCUUGUUCUAAUCAGACGGCUGCUCAGCAGAAGGACAUCCUAUUCUUCAUGUUUAUAAUAAGAUAAUUUAAAACGUAAUGGUGCUUAUUAGCCUUACACAGUCAUACUGUCGUAGUAAAUGUUCUAGUUUAUCUUAUGAAACUGAAUUAUAUGUUUUUGUUUCCUCCUUUUUACCCUGUAGAGCUCAAUGUAAUACGGACGUCUUUUUCAGUAAAAAGAGAAGUGCGGCAGAAUGUGUUUUUAGAAUAGGCAGAGAUUGUAACUGAAACACAUCUCUGUCUGUUCUCACGAGUAAAAAGAAUCUAACUCUCUCUUGUCUCUCCUUGUCUAUAUUUGAUGUUCUAGAUGCGUAUACCUGAAAAACUCUAAAAUAAUUUUGAUCUGGUCAGAUUUCGAUUUAGAGCUAACCACAGAGAGGUUUUUAUGUUCCCAAAUUUUUGUCAUUGUUACACUUUGCUGUGAGAAGAAAAGUAUAUUAUUAAAAAGGUUUGUUAAAAUAUACACUAGUAUUUUGAGCAGAAUAUGCUUUUUAAUAACUGUUGACUUGAA